ACCGUAGCUAGCUGGCUAACGUUGCUAGCUGGCUAACGUUGCUAGCUGGCUAACGUUGCUGUUACAGAGGAGUCAACAAGAGGUCGUUGUUAGCUCAAAGAACCCAGUUAGAAGUGGGGAAAAAACAGCUAUUUUAGGUCCGUUUGUUUAUUUUUGUAAGUGUUUUGUCCUUUUUACUGAAAAGGUAACUCUGUAAGACAAAAAUGCACCACGUCAAGAUAAAGACAGAAAGGCCAGAUUUGGAAAGCACAGGUGCCCGUGGGAGGUUGGAUGCUGUGCUGAAGGGACUUGUAGAAAAGAGUGAAAAUGAAAGAGAACUGAAUGAAGAUUCUGGAAAGUUGUCAGUGGACUCUUUGAACAAAGAUUUGUCUCCAACAUCUGCUGGAAAAAGACCUUCUGUAAGAUUUCCACAGCACCGGAGAAAGAAGCGAAAGGAAAUGGAUGAGGGCUUACCAGAGACCAAUCAACAUAAACAGAAUUCAUACAUUAUCAAGUUGUUUGAUCGUAGUGUUGAUUUAGCUCAGUUCAACACCAGCACCCCACUGUAUCCAAUCUGCCGAGCCUGGAUGAGAAACAAUCCUUCAUUUAGGGAGCCAGCUACAUCUCCAAGCUCCCCCCAAAGUGUAACAGAGGAUGAGGUCCCAGAUAUGAUGAAUGGCAAAGGUCAGAAUGUGUACCGGCUCCCGCCACCAUCUGCCUGCCCAAUUAGCCCCACUGGUGAACCCAUUAAUCUCAGGAUCCCUCAGACUGAGAAACCAACCAUUUCCAAGUCGACAGAUGUCCCUGUAUCAGGAGCUCUAAUCAGUGACCACAUGGAACGCUGGAAAAAAAUAAGACAAAAAUGGAAGGAGUGCUCCAAUAAGAACCAGCUGAGGUACAGUGACAGCAUCAAGGUUCUAAAGGAAAUGAAGGAGCUGUAUGACAACUGACUGCCUGCCUCACCGCUGCUCGCUGCUCAAUGAAAUCUCCAAUGUGGGAAAGGAGCCAUGGAUUUAAUGUUUUCAUAACAUACAGUCUGCAAUGCAGCGCAGACAAGUAGAAAAGCAAAAACAGCAGCAGAACUUUGAACCUUAUCAGAAUUUAUGCCCUUUAAAUUACAGAAACUUGAUUGUUCUAUUUUCUCUCUUGAAGUGUGAUGUAGUAGUUGAACAUUUUGGUCAAACAAACUGUAAAUGACUAAAUGAAUUACAUUGAAGGUUGUAUGUUUUUUUUUUCACAAACGCUCAAAAAUACUUCCUAAUAAAUUCCAAAAUGAUUUAAGUCUAUUGUGGUGUAUUUCAAACAAAUACAAAAAUAUCUUAUUCAUCCCCCCAAAAAAUUAUGCUGAUAAAACUCAUAUUUUGGACUUUCUUGAACAAGUUAUAGAUAUUAAUGGCUAUACGCACUUGGAGGAAGGAGAUCCUGUCUGCCUCCGGUCUUUAUUGCAGUGGGUCUGGAGAAACCUCUGACUAAAAAAAGUCAGAAGAAAUGGAUGCUAAUUUUUGGAAUAUUGAUUUAGUUUUUUAUAAAAUCAGUUUUAGAGGAGCUCCCAGGCUGGAGCUGCUGUUCUUUAUUAGCUAGUCAUUUUUUUCUGAUUCUGCUACCCCAGUGGAUUAUAUCAGAAUAGAAAACUCUCCACAGCAGAUAUAUAGAACAUGCAGAAUCUUGCUGCAAAUGCUGAAUGACCUAAGAUUACAGUCCGCUCUUGUCCCUUAUUGUGGAUGACUUCACAGUUCCGUCUCCAGUUACUCUGUUGUCCAGGAACACUGGUAUUUGCAGUAUUAUCAAUUCCACUUCUCCUUCCAUGAUGGUAAUAGUCUGAACUGUUCUUUAUCUUGAAUUUAAAUUCAGGCUCAGAUGAUUUUAAUCAUACCAUGCUACAAAUUAGUUCCAGUUCCCCUUUCUUUACAACCAAAGACUUUCAAGAAAUGGGUGCUUCUGUAUAUGACAAGAGUCAGUCUCACACUGGAACUUGGAGGUGUACUGAGUAAAAAUGAAUGGUGAGACCAUUUACGCAUAGAAAUGGGUAAAUAAGAUUUCCCUUCAAUCUCAAACUGUUUGUAAUGAAGUCUUUGAUCCAGGCGAUUGUUGAUGCCUCCAUUAAUCAGGUUAGUCAUAUUAUCAUGUUUGUUCCUAGUUGGAUGUAAUUCACUACCUCCAGAACAGGUGUGCUCAAGAUCUACUCUCCUGCAAGUUUUUUGUUUGCACCCCAAUGCACCCGAAUCAAAUAAGUGCCUCAUUACCAUAACUCUGCUAAGAUAAAUGAGGGGAUUGCACCUUUAGAUUCAGGUGUGUUAGAGGAGAGAUGCAUCUAAAAGUUACACAAUGGCAGGUCUUGAGGACUGGACUUAAGCACCUCUGCACUACAACAAGCACUUCUCCUCUAAACCAGCAGGUGGCAGCAGUGAGAUCAUGUGGAAUGUCUUACAUUGACAUUUAAAGGUAGUAUGUUAACAAAAAACUGACAACAAAAAUACAGCAAUUAAUGAAUGACAACAAUAUACUACAAAUAAAGAGGAUUAACAGUCCUUAAAGAAAUAGAUCUGAUGUGGGAGAGUUUGUCUAUGCAUUCAGUCUUUUAUAUAAUUAAAAAGAAUAACUACUCAUUAAAUAUAUUAUGUAGAACCAUACAUUAAACAGCAUCAAUAUAUAUAUAUAGAU